ACAGGUUCCUACAACAGCAAGGUGGCCUUUUGACAUCAGCAGAGGCUGUGUUCUUCUGCACAGGUACAGGGGACCUCCAGCCCAGACAUCUGGAAAGAAUUCAGAGCCCAGCCAAUUCCAUGAGCAGCAAAAACUCUGUGGAGCUGCUGAGGAUGACAGCCCUCAGAACCCAGGGCCACAGCAACACCGGUUUCCAGGAUGAAGAAGGCUUUUCUGAAAACCAGAACACAUCAGGAAAUGACAACUCAGCAAGCAGCAGAGAUGUGCAAAACAGAGAGCCUGAGAACAGCGAGCAGGGCCAAGAGCGAGUCACGAUUGAGCAGGAUUCCCCAAGGAAGGACGAAGAUGAGGAGGAUGAGCAAGACACUCAUCAGAAAGGGUGCCUGGAAAGGAAGUGUGGUACAGUUUGUGAUUUUUGUAAGAAACACAAAACCACCCUUCAGUACAUCAUCUGGGGCAUUUUAAUAGCAAGUUACCUGGCUCUGGUGAUUGCAGCCUGUGUGCUGAACUUCCACAGAGCCCUCCCUCUUUUCGUGAUCACAGUGGUAGUCAUCUUCUUUGUGGUCUGGGAUCGCUUCAUGGCCAAAUAUGAGUCUCGGAUCGACAAGUUCCUGUCCCCUGGCAGAAGCCUUCUGGACAGCCACUGGUUCUGGCUGAAGUGGGUGACCUGGGGCUCCCUGACCCUGGCAGUUCUGCUCUGGCUGAUCCUGGACACCGCCAAACUGGGCCAACGGCAGCUCGUGUCCUUCGGAGGGCUUGUCAUGUACACUAUCCUGACAUUUCUGUUUUCUAAGCACCCAACCAGAGUUUACUGGAGGCCUGUCUUUUGGGGAAUUGGGAUACAGUUUCUUCUUGGGCUUUUGAUCCUAAGGACUAAACCUGGAUUUAUGGCUUUUGAUUGGUUGGGCAAACAAGUUCAGACAUUCUUGGCGUAUAGUGAUGCUGGUGCUUCGUUCGUCUUUGGUGAGAAAUAUACAGACCACUUUUUUGCAUUUAAGGUCCUGCCCAUCGUGGUUUUUUUCAGCACUGUGAUGUCCAUGUUGUACUACCUCGGACUGAUGCAGUGGAUCGUUAGAAAGGUUGGAUGGAUAAUGCUAGUGACUAUGGGAACAUCUCCUGUUGAAUCUGUAGUUGCUUCUGGCAAUAUAUUUGUCGGGCAGACAGAGUCUCCACUGCUGGUCCGACCGUAUUUACCACACGUCACCAAGUCCGAACUUCAUGCGAUCAUGACCGCUGGGUUCUCUACCAUUGCUGGGAGCGUCCUGGGUGCAUACAUCUCUUUUGGGGUUUCAUCCUCUCACUUGUUAACUGCGUCCGUCAUGUCAGCACCUGCGGCGUUGGCUAUUUCUAAACUUUUUUGGCCCGAGACAGAAACACCUAAAAUAACCCUCAAGAAUGCCAUGAAAAUGGAAAGUGGUGAUUCAAGGAAUCUCCUAGAAGCCGCAACGCAGGGAGCAUCCUCAUCCAUUGCCCUGGUGGCGAACAUUGCUGUGAACCUGAUUGCCUUCCUGGCCCUGCUGUCCUUUGUGAAUUCAGCCCUGUCCUGGUUUGGAAACAUGUUUGACUACCCACAACUGAGUUUUGAGAUAAUAUGCUCCUACAUCUUCAUGCCCUUUUCCUUCAUGAUGGGAGUAGACUGGCAAGACAGCUUUAUGGUUGCCAAACUCAUAGGAUAUAAGACAUUCUUCAAUGAAUUUGUGGCUUAUCAGCACCUCUCAAAAUUGAUCCAUUUAAGGCAAGAGGCUGGACCCAAAUUUGUGAAUGGCGUGCAGCAAUAUAUGUCGAUACGUUCUGAGACAGUUGCCACUUACGCUCUCUGUGGUUUUGCCAAUAUCGGUUCCCUGGGAAUAGUGAUCGGCGGACUCACAUCCAUAACUCCUUCCAGAAAGCGUGACAUCGCCUCUGGGGCAGUGAGAGCUCUGAUUGCGGGGACCAUCGCCUGCUUCAUGACAGCCUGCAUCGCAGGCAUGCUCACCAACAGUCCUGUAGACAGUGGCUGCCAUCACAUUUUGGAAUAUGCCUUCAACUCCAGCUUAGCUGGAGACACGACCAAUGUAGUAUCUUGUUGCCAGAGCCUCCUGAGCAGCACCGUUGCCAAGGGUCCUGGUGAGGUCAUCCCAGGAGGAAACCACAGCCUGCACUCUUUGGAGGACUGCUGCAGAUUGCUGAAUCCAUCAACACUGAACUGCAGUUGGAUCCCUAAUGCAUUUUGAGCUCAGCUACUUCUCCCACAGAACUUUCUGCUUUGAGGAGGGAAAAAAAAAAGCUAUUUCCACAGAUUGAUACUUCUACCGUGGAAUCAGUUUUAAAUGGAAAGAAGACAAACAGCAGGGAACAUUUCAGAUCUACAGAACCUCCCUCCUCCCCUUCCCUCUCAUCCCCAACCUCUCCACUACUGAGAAUUACCCACUGUGGUGUGCCAAAGUGAGGUGCUGUCUCCAGUCCCCAGAAUGUUUUCUGUCUCAGAAGGAAAUUCUGGAAACAAUGGUGAGAUGCCUUUUAAUGAAAUGCUCAUCACCAGUGCUCUUAAUGGCAUAAAGACUACACUGUAUAAGAAAACAGAAGCACUGAUGACUGGAUUAAAAGGGGAUUCACAUAAAAGAAAGAAUAUGAAAAAGGUUUUGGAAUACCUUAAGUAAUUUAUUUGUGCUUUCACUUUUGCUCAUGCAAGAGAGUAAUUUUUUUUUAAUCCAUGUGUAGUUGAUUUUGUGUUUGUGUGUGUGUGUGUGUGUCUCUGUGUGUGUGUGUCUGUGUCUGUGUGGUGGUGGUGGUGAAGUAGGGUCCUAAAUGCCCAAAGAACCCCUUAUCUCUGAAGUACAAUAUACUCGGAUAUUUCUAAUUAUUGAUCACUUGUAUCAUAUUUUUCUGGGAACUUAAUGUGCCCUUUCAGUACUUAGACUUGAUCUUAGAGAAAUGUAUUUACAUGUCUUUUUCUUCUGUUCUCUAUGUUCUGAUGUGAGCCUUCAUAAAAGCCUAUGGCAUAGUGUAUGCCGUUUGAUCAAAAUAUAAUGCAAGUUGCAUGUAAUUUAACAUUUUUUAGUAGCCACAUCGAAAAGGUAAAAGAAACUGGUAAAAUUAAUUUUAACAAUAUAUUAUUAUAUUAGUAAGAUAUUAAUUCGAUGACAUAUUUUACAUUAUUUUUAUUGAAUUAAGUCUUUAAAAAAUCUAGUGUAUAUUUUAUACUUAGAGCAUAUUGUGAGACACUAAAUUUUCAUUGGCAAUACUUGAUCUGUAAUUAGAUCUCAUAAAAUUUACAGUUGAAAAGUAAACUUAAAUCCCCAAGUUGUUCCAAAUAACAUCCAAAAGUUUCCAAUAA